UUCGGUGCGGAAGUAACAGUUGGAGGUCGACCCGUAGCGGUUCGGCCGGAGCCCGGGAGAAGCCUUUGGGGGCCGUGGGCCUAAUGAGCGGCCGGCAGAGAACGCUUUUCCAGACGUGGGGCCCUAGCCUCUCCCGAUCCGCCGGGUCUCCGAGCUGCAGCUCCGGAACCGAGCGGCCUCAGAGCCCCGGCACCUCCCGGGCGCGUUCUCCUGCCGCCGCGGAGGCUGCCGACGCACAGCCGGAGUCGGACGAUGAUGUGUUGCUGGUCGCGGUGUACGAGGCCGAGCGGCAGCUGAAUCUAGAGAAUGGCGGGUUCUGCGCCUCAGCGGGCGCGCUGUGGGUUUACCCUACUAAUUGCCCGGUGCGCGACUACCAGCUGCACAUCGCCCGGGCCGCCCUGUUCUGCAACACGCUGGUGUGUCUGCCCACGGGGUUGGGCAAGACCUUUAUUGCCGCCGUGGUCAUGUACAAUUUCUACCGCUGGUUCCCAUCGGGCAAGGUGGUCUUCAUGGCCCCCACGAAACCUUUGGUGACACAGCAGAUCGAGGCUUGCUACCGCGUGAUGGGUAUCCCGCAGUCCCACAUGGCCGAAAUGACAGGAUCUACUCAAGCUUUCACCAGGAAGGAAAUAUGGCACAGUAGGAGAGUCAUUUUUCUCACACCUCAAGUCAUGGUAAAUGAUCUUUCUAGAGGAGCUUGUCCUGCUGCUGAAAUAAAGUGUCUGGUUAUUGAUGAAGCUCAUAAAGCUCUUGGAAACUAUGCUUAUUGCCAGGUUGUAAGAGAACUAAUCAAAUAUACAAAUCACUUUAGAAUCUUGGCUCUUAGUGCCACACCAGGUAGUGAUAUAAAGGCUGUGCAACAGGUUAUUACUAACCUACUAAUUGGGCAGAUAGAACUUCGUUCUGAAGAUUCACCAGAUAUUUUGCCAUACUCUCAUGAAAGACGAGUUGAAAAGCUUGUUGUUCCCCUUAGUGAAGAACUUGCAGCCAUCCAAAAGGCAUAUGUACAGAUUUUGGAAGCAUUUGCCAGUUCUUUGAUUCAGAGGAAUCUUUUGAUGAGAAGGGAUAUCCCCAAUCUAACAAAAUACCAGAUCAUUCUGGCAAGAGAUCAAUUUAGGAAAAACCCACCUACAAAUAUUAUGGGAAUACAACAAGGUAUAAUCGAAGGAGAGUUUGCUCUUUGUAUUAGUUUAUAUCAUGGUUAUGAAUUAUUGCAGCAAAUGGGAAUGAGAUCACUAUAUUUCUUCCUUUGUGGAAUUAUGGAUGGAACUAAAGGAAUGACUCGGGUGAAAAAUGAACUUAACCGAAAUGAGGACUUCAUGAAACUUUAUAAUCAUCUAGAGUGCAUGUUUGCACAUUCACGUAGUACUUCAGCAAGUGGCAUUUCUACUAUCGAUAAAGGUGAAAAAGAAUUUUUCUAUAGUCAUCCAAAAUUAAAGAAAUUAGAAGAAAUUGUAGUUGAACACUUCAAGUCAUGGAAUGCUCAAAACACAUCUGAAAAGAAAUGUGACAAGACCAGGGUUAUGAUCUUCUCUUCAUUUCGAGAUAGUGUUCAAGAAAUUGCAGAAAUGCUUUUACGGCAUCAGCCAGUUAUUAGAGCAAUGACUUUUGUUGGCCAUGCCUCAGGGAAAAGCAUGAAGGGUUUUACCCAGAAAGAGCAACUGGAGGUAGUGAAACAAUUUCGGAGUGGUGGUUAUAAUACAUUGGUUUCUACUUGUGUGGGUGAAGAAGGUUUGGAUAUAGGAGAAGUUGAUCUGAUAGUAUGUUUUGAUGCCCAGAAGAGCCCAAUCCGUCUUAUACAACGAAUGGGUAGGACUGGCCGUAAACGUCAAGGCAGGAUUGUUGUUAUCCUUGCUGAAGGACGAGAAGAACGUACUUAUAAUCAAAGUCAGUCCAACAAAAGAAGUAUUUAUAAAGCUAUUUCAGGUAACAGGCAGGUCCUUCAUUUUUAUCAAGCAAGUCCACGAAUGGUUCCUGAUGGAAUCAACCCAGAAUUACAUAAAAUGUUCAUCACACAUGGUGUCUAUGAACCAGAGAAGCCUUCUCGGAACUUGCAGCGAAAGUCGUCUAUUUUUUCCUAUAGGAAUGGCUUGAGACAAAGUAAUUCAAAGAAGGAUUGGUUCUUAUCAGAAGAAGAAUUUAAAUUAUGGAACAGACUUUAUAGAUUGAGAGACAGUGAUGAAAUUAAGGAAAUAACAUUGCCUCAAGUUCAGUUUCUGUGUUUUCAAAAUGAGGAUAACAGAUCAACUCAAGAACCAACCAUUGGAAUUCGUCAACUCUCUCUAUCUGAAUGGAGACUGUGGCAAGAUCAUCCUUUUCCUACAUAUCAAGUUGACCAUUCAGAUCGAUGCCAUCAUUUUAUAAGCAUUAUGCAAAUGAUAGAAGGAAUGAGACAUGAAGAGGGAGAAUGCAGCUAUGAAUUGGAAAUUAAAUCUUAUUUACAAAUGGAAGAUGUUAGCUCAACAUUUAGUGCUCCCAGGAACAAAUCUAAUCUUCUUGCCAAUGGCACCUUUACUAGUGACAAGAAAUAUUCAUUUAUAAGGAAUAUAAAUGAAGGCAAUUUAUUCUCAAUGACAGAAUCUGAUGAAGAAUGUGCUGGAAUUUUUAAACAGACUCAUAUCAAACCUACUAAAAUUGUCUCUCUUAAGAAAAAAGCUUCUAAAAAACGGAAAAAAGAUCAGCCUAAAAAAGAAAAUAAUGAUGUUGUUAUGGAUUCUUUAGAUACUGAUGGCAAUUCUACUGUUGAAAAUCUUUUUCAGGUAGACCUAAAUGAUAAAAGAGCAUUAGAUAUAGAUGAAGUUGCUGCCACAUGUGCUGUUGAUGAAAAUGUUGUUAAUCAGCCAUGUAGAUUAUUAACAGAAUGUCAGAUUACAAAUAAAUCUACUAAUUCAUUUACUAGAAGUUUUUUAGAUUCUGGUUAUAACAGUUUCACUGAUGAGAAAUCUGUUUUAUAUAGCUUAUUUCUUCCAUUUGAGGAAGAGCUUGUUAUAGCUGGAACAGAUGACCAAUUUUAUAAUUGUUAUUCACUUACAAAAGAGGUACUAGUUAAUGUAGAGAGAUUUUUAUCUCAUUCUCCUCCACCUCUCAGUGAACUCUCAGUUUUGGAACAUGAAAUUACUAAGGGUUCUGCACUUGAAAAUUUGCUUUACCCACCCUGCACAGAGUAUUUACAAAACAAUAAAUCUACCUGUUUGAUAUCACAUGCAACUGUCAGUUCUCAACAGAAUUUAGAAUUGAAUUCACUUAAAUUUAUUAAUCAUCCUUCUGAAAAAAGUUGCCUUUAUAGUACAACUAAUAAGAUUGUUGAUGAGCCCAGCUUCUGUGACUAUGAUGAUAAAGUACGUAAAGAUGUUGAAAAUGAAACUUUAGUAACCAACAGUCAUACUCAAAUAAACACAGGCCCUCCACAAUACUUAGAUGAAGAAAACAAUUGUGGUGUUGAUAACAAUGGGCUUCAAGUAUUGUUCACAGAUCAGGAUGAGAGUUUACCACUAUUUGAAGAAGAUAAUACAGAAUUUAAUGAUAUGAGCCUUUCUCCCUCAAAUAAUGAAUGCAAAUCUUUACAUGUGUCAGACAAAACAUGUAUAAACAAAAUGGCACUGGUUUCUCAGUUCUUAAUUUCUGAUGAACUUUUGUUAGAAAAUAAUUCUGAACCCCAAGAUCAAAUUAUCUAUGAUACUAAUACUAAAUCUCAUGAAGAUUUGACAGGUGUACAUGAGGAAAAACUGAAGAGUGAUGAAUAUGUUCUUGACUGCUCUAAGGAUUUAUUUUCUGUUACCUUUGAUUUAGGAUUUUGUAUUCCAGAUUCUGAUGAUGAAAUAUUAGAACAUGCAUCAAAUACAAAUAAGAAUAAAACUUUAGAUGAUCUACCUGGAAGAUGUUUAGAUAUCAAGGAGAUAAGUGAUGCAAGUUAUGUUUCAAAUCAAGCAUUAAUAACAAGAGAUCAUGUUGAUAGUUCUAGGAGUAGAACCAUUACUAUCUCAUCAAGUGAAGAUAAGCAGAGUCCAACUUCUUCACAUUUUCCAUUGAGUAUAGCAAACAAUAAACAAUUUAUGUUGCCUGGUUAUUCUCAGUUUUCUUUGCCAGUUGGAGAAAAAGUUAUGAGUACACCCCUUUCUAAAUCAAGCACAUUGAACUCUAAAAGGAGAAAGGAAAUGCCUAGGACACUAGAUUCUAAUAAAGUAAAUUCACAAAGUUUCAAAGAAACAUUGAACUCAACUUUUGAUGAUUCAGGACUUUUUAUAGAAAAGGCUAAAAAUGGGGAACAAAUCAAUCUACAUCAAUCCUGUCAUUCUGCUGGAGAUGAACAAUUAACAAGCAAUGAAAGUGAAGGUGAUGAGAUUUUCCGAAGAAAGAGUAAAAAAGCAAAAGGAAAUGUUUUAGAAUCCCCAGAGGAUCAGAAAUAUAGUGAAAAUGAUUCUCCACUUCAUGCUGUAAAAAAGCGCAGGGUUCCUCCAAAGAAAUUAGAAUUGUCAUCUAGUGAUGAAAGUGAAGAUUUUCCUGACCAACACUCACAAUUAGAAGACUUCAAGGGUUGUAACAUGAAUUCCAAAAGAAGCACCAAAGUCCAAAAGAGACCGAGUCAUCUGAAGCUUGCAGCUAGGAAGUUUUUAGAUGAUCAAGCAGAACUUUCCCAAGAAGAUGCAGAAUGUGUUUCAUCAGAUGAAAAUGAUGAUUCUGAAAAUGAAAAAGAUUCCUCAUUACUUGACUUCUUAAAUGAUGAGACUCAACUUUCACAGGCCAUAAAUGAUUCUGAAAUGAGAGCUAUUUACAUGAAAUCUGUGCACAGUCCAUUGAUGAGCAGCCGGUACAGAAUGGUCCAUAAGAAACAUAACAACAUAAACAUUUUCUCACAGAUUCCUGAACAAGAUGAAACCUAUUUAGAAGACAGUUUUUGUGUUAAUGAAGAUGAGUCUUGCAAAAGUCAAUCAAGUGAAGAAGUGUCUGUUGAUUUUAAUUUAAUAACUGAAGAUUGCUUUGCAAAUGGGAGUAAAAAAUAUAAAACCCGACGUUCAGUAAAACUAAAACAAAAGAAGAUGGGACCGAAUUGUGCACGUUCAAAAAAGAAAUUAUCCAGAAUUAUUUUACUGGAUGAUUCAAGUGAGGAGGAAAACAAUGUAAAUGAUAAAACAGAAUCCAGUGUUGUGAUUAACCCAAGCACUUUUAAAAAGAGCAAACAACAGGACCAUGGUUUGAAUUCAGUGUAUUCUGGGUCUUCCUUGCAGUCCAAGGACCAUUCUAAUCCAAUUGUUAAUCAAUUGCCAAAGCAGAGACAACAGACACUACUUAAUGUAAAGGAUAUGGCUUCUUAUGCCUCGGGCUCCAAACCUCAGAGCCGAAAUAAAAUUGAAUCUUUCUCACCAUCAUUCACUGCUGUUGAUUCACAGAAGGACUGUAGAAAUUUUCCAAUUCAGUUGAAGGUUGGUAGUUCUUUGGAAGAUUUUAGCACUUCAACAACUUACAAUUCCAACUCAAGACCAUGUUUGACUGGCACACAUGCUUCUUUUAGACUCCCUCAGGAAGGCCAGAGAACUUGUAUUCUUGUAGACAGCCGUGAAAUCACUUCUGGUUCAGAAAUAAUUUCUUCCCUAAGAGCAAUACAUGGCUUUCAAGUAGAGGUUUGUCCUCUUAAUGGUUGUGAUUACAUUGUGAGUAACCGCAUGGUGGUGGAAAGGAGGUAUCAAUCUGAGAUGCUAAACAGUAUUAAUAAAAACAAGUUCAUUGACCAGAUCCAGUACCUACAGAGCAUGUUUGAAAGAAUAUGUGUGAUUGUGGAAAAGGACAGAGAAAAAACAGGAGACACAUCCAGGAUGUUUAAGAGAACAAAGAGCUAUGACAACCUGCUGACUACCUUAAUUGGUGCUGGAAUUCGAAUUCUUUUCAGUUCCUGCCAAGAAGAAACUGCAGAUUUGCUAAAGGAACUGUCUUUAGUGGAGCAAAGAAAGAAUGUUGGUAUUCAAGUUCCAACAGUGAACAGUAAUAAAUGUGAAGCACUUCAAUUUUAUCUAAGUAUUCCCAAUGUAAGUUAUAUAACUGCAUUAAAUAUGUGUCACCAGUUUUCUUCUGUUAAAAAGAUGACCAACAGCUCACCUCAAGAAAUCUCCAUGUAUGCACAAGUAACUCAUCAAAAGGCUGAGGAGAUCUAUAGGUAUAUUCACUAUGUAUUUGAUGUGCAAAUGAUACCAAAUGGCCUUAACCAAAGUAGAUUGGAAUCUGAUGCAUGACCAGACCACUCAAAGAUGCAGUUAUCAAAGAACUCUCACAACACUAAAUGUACUUCAAUAAUCAUUGCUGUGGUUUGUGAUUAUCAGUUUAAAAUAUGUAAAUAAGAGAACAUAUCCAUAUCUACUAUUUUAUAUUCUGUAUAUUUUUAUUUAUGUUAUAUUUUUAAAAAUAUGUAUAAUAAUCAUUUGGUUAACUGGACUAUGAAACUAUGUUUAUUGAAUAAUAAAAGGUCAUUGAAGGUGCAAUUAAGAAAGUAAAAGCUAGAGUUCGAGAUAUAUUUUGAAAUUUUUCCAAAGAUUUUUGUACUAUCAACAUUUGUUAGCAUAAUAGGUUAAUGCAUCUGAUCACUGCCAACUUAAUGGUCAUAAACAAUUUUCCUAUAUUAUCUAGAAUAUUUUAAGUGUCCUGAGUCUACAUACAUACAUAUUGGAUCAAGUGUGGGUGUAUUAUGAGAUAAGUGCCCCAGUAACUAGGAAAUUAGAAAGUGUAAAUGAGUAUGUUUACCUCAUCAAAGGUGAUCCAAUCAAGUAGUCAAAUCCUAUUAGUAUAAACUUGUUUGGUUGUUGUAGAAAUAUCAUAUUCAA